CAUAUGGAGGAGGAGCGGGGACGUUCAUUUUUCAUAAGGAGACACCGCUCACCUCAGUCAUUAGCAGCCACAAAAACCCAGUGAACAUGAUGAUGCUAUUGUUGCAAGCAGGUCAUGUGUGAGAACGAGUGUGUGUGUGUGUGUGUGUGUGUGUGUGUGUGUGUGUGUGUGUGAUGAUGAUGAUGAACAAGGCGGCAGUGUGUUUGCCACAGACUUGUUUCUUUGUCCUGCAGACUGAGCCCCGAGCUCUAAUCUGGGUUAUCUGGCUGUAAUCUGCUUAGCCCACUGCUACUCUCACUGCUGCUGCUGGAGAGGGGUGUGUUUUCUGUGUGUGUGUGUGCCUGUGUGUGUGUGUGUGUGUGUGGGGUGGGUGGUUCUGGACUUUUGGUGCCUGUUUUUAGCCGGGCUCGGGCUUCACACUGACCCGAGAGAGAGAGGAGACAUGGCUGAACCUCCGGAGGUCGGCUCAGAGGAGGGGACGCCCGCCGGGGACUCGUACCCGAGACAGAUCCUGGAGUACAUGCAGGGCUUCUUUGUGUCCAAGACGGUGUUCACGGCCUGCGAGCUGGGCGUGUUCGACGUGCUGCACGGAGCACAGCGCCCCCUGUCUGCAGAGCAGCUCAGCCGGCAGCUGGAGGCCAGUGUGGACGGCACGGAGAGGCUGCUGGCUGCCUGCAGCGGCCUGCAGCUGCUGCACACACACCGCCAGGAGGACGGCACGGUUCUCUACAGCAACACGGAGCAGGCCAGCACCUACCUGACCCGGUCCAGCCCUCUGUCCCUCUGCCAGUCCAUCCAGUACUACUCCAGGACCAUCUACCUCUGCUGGCACCACCUGACCGACGCUGUCAGGGAGGGGAGGAACCAGUACGAGAAGGCUUUCGGAGUCAGCUCUCAAGACCUGUUUGAAGCUCUGUACAGGUCUGACGAGGAGAUGGUGAAGUUUAUGCAGCUAAUGAACUCCGUUUGGAACAUCUGCGGCAGAGACGUGGUCACGGCCUUCGACCUUUCACCUUUCAAGGUCAUCUACGACCUUGGAGGCUGCAGCGGAGCAUUGGCGAAGCACUGCACAUCAGCCUACCCAGAAUGCACUGUGACGAUCUUUGACCUCCCCAAGGUGGUGCAAACAUCCAGGGAACACUUUGUCACCGCGGCCGAGCAGAGGAUCAGCUUCCACGAAGGAGACUUCUUCAAAGACCACCUGCCAGAGGCCGACCUCUACAUCCUCGCCAGGAUCCUCCACGACUGGACCGACGAGCGCUGCAUCGAGCUGCUCACCAGAGUCUACCACGCCUGCAAGCCAGGUGGCGCUGUGCUGGUGGUGGAGGCCCUGCUGCACGAGGACGGCUCCGGCCCGCUCACCGUGCAGUUCUACUCCCUCAACAUGCUGGUGCAGACGGAGGGGCGGGAGCGCACGGCGGCUCAGUACGCCGCCCUGCUGGCCGCCGCCGGCUUCACCGACGUCCAGGAGCGACGCACCGGAAAGAUCUACGACGCCGUGCUGGGACGCAAGGAGGCGUGAGAGCGAGAAAUAAAAAAAAACACACACCAAUGUGCUUUGAUGACGAAGAUGAUUUGCUGAUGCUACAGUGGAUGUUUUUUUUUUUUUUUAAAUAACAUUUGGCAACAUUUUUAUACGAAUAAAUAAAUAUGAUUCAAGCUGUGUGCAGUUCAUGAAGCU